AUGUCACCAGGAACUUGUAAUUUCCACAGGGAAGGAACCGAGGAAAGGGCCAGAUCCACUUCCGGAGUAGACGUUCAAGACGAACUCGAAAAGCCGAAUGAAUUAUCAACGAGAGGACCGGAAGAAGAGAAUGCGGAAACCGAGGAAUUUGAGUAUUACGACGAAGAAGACCCGCAAGAAAACGGAAACGAUCCCAGCGACGAGGAAAACGAAAAAGAAGCACGUAACGACGAGAACCUGCCAAACAUCGACUUGCUCGUCAGAGACGCGGAGAAAUUCAAAACCUGGGCAUCGGAUAAAAUCUCGCCAUGGGUCUCAGAACAAGCCAGUAGCCAAACUCCAGACCUGGUUUUCACACCCGUGGACUACGACUGGCAGAAAAUGGCGAGCAGACAUCCUAUCGCUUCUGCUGCUCUUCAACCACACCACGACUCCAAAUCAACACCAGAAUACAUCAAAGAAUCCAAAAUGACCACAGUAGGUACUUGGGCAAGCGACACUGAGAUUCUCGCGGCAUCGACACUUUUGCGAACAACGAUCUUCAUAUACGCGAAAGAGGGACGCAAUAUGAAGUGGUUCAAGUUUCCAGCAAACGCACUCAUGCGCAACAUCGUGCCUAAUGAGAAGAGCAUUUACUUGUGUCACACGGCUGGUUGUCAUUACGACUACGUCACGGCAGUGGCCAACGCCAACUCUAAUUCAACGUCUUACAAAAGCAAAUCAAAUAAAAACUGACACCCCGGAAUGUUUGCCGAGUGUGCGGCGUCAUUGUACAAUUCUAAGGGAAGAAAUAUGCUGAGUAAUCUAAGAUCAUAAGCCCCGGUCUGGGGUUAAGUAACACGGAACACGACUGUAACUGAUAAUUCAACUUCAACACUUCCGGGAGACAAAUAACCAGAACCAGACCCACCUAUCGCUCAUGCUCUGAUUGCUUUCGGAUAAACCCUUUUCUUUUCUUUUUCGAACGCAAGCGAUGGAAAAAAAACGGCCGGGGCAACUA